ACGAUUUAAGGAUGAAAGUUGUGUGGUCGCGAAUCAAUCUUUACCACAGAUAUUAUUAUCGAUAAAGAUCCUUAACUUCGGUUUUAUAAGGAUAUACGAAUCCUUAAGAUACAAAACAAAAUCGAUUUGUAUUAGAUUUUCUUUAUUUUUUUAUUGUUGGUUGGUGUUACUUCCUUUUUCUUUCUGUUUUGUGUAAAAUUUUAUGGCGACUGUUGUUGUUGUUGUUGUACAUAUUUAUUAUAUCCUUUUUUUUAAAUCUCACAAAGUGAAAUAAAUUGAAUAUCUUAUUUAUGCUAUUUGCAUAAAAUACCAACCUGCUGGUGAUUUUUUUUUUUUGUUGCAGUUCUUCUAUUUUCUUCUUGUCGUCGUCCUUUUGAAAAAAAUAAAGCCUGCGAUUUUACAACCCCCACCCCAAAGAAAGAAAAGUGUAUAUGUGUGUGUAAAAAAAGAGAUCCUUUCUGUAUAGUGCGGUGAAACGAGAAAGAGGGUGGUUGGUGUAGUGAUGGUCUAGGUCUAGCAUAAAGGAGAGAAAAUAAUAAAAAUAUAAAUAAAAUAAAAAAAAAAAAAAAAUAAAGUGCAAACACUACAGUGUACUGAGAGUAUAGAGGAAAAAGGCUGCAAAAAGUACAACAUCACACAGAGAUACAUUCGGCCAUACACACAACUCUCCAUAAGGAGCAAAACCAACAAAAAUAUUAUCGAGCAACACAACAACAACCCUCUGUGCUCGACCGACUGUGUAAAAAAAAGCAGGGUGUGUGUAGAGGGCGCUGCUGUACUGCGACUAGUUAAAGUUAUAUUGCUAUAGCUCUUCAACCCCCCUGAAACUCUCAUAAUAUAUUGUGGAUUACCAACAACAGUUUUUUGUUUUUUGCUUUAUUUUUUGUUCAUUUUUACUUGUACACAUCCGGAUGGAUGAAAUAUUUCGAAUGCUGUACAACUGAAUGAUAUUUUACCAACUUUAUCCCUGAAGACUACUUUUUGCUUAUGAUUAUGUGGAUACGUUUUUGAGAAGCUGAUCAAUUUCAAGUCACUAAUUUAUUCAUGACAACACGGUGUCAGAAGCUCUACUGCCAGAACGAUAUACGAGAAAACACGCAUAAAAUACAUUCUACAGAAACACAUCACAUCAACAUAAAACAGAUUGACUAAUUAACAAAUCUCAUCCAACAGCAACAACAACAACACAUUCCGCAUGUGUUGCAUAACAUUAUUUGAAAUGUGCUGCCGCACUAAAUACAUGGCAAUACUUUAACUGUUCUUUGUUUUGUUGCCAUACAAAGAUACACAGCAGAGAGACAGACAGACAGAGAGGAGAUACAUCUCGUUAAAAUUAGAAUAUUUUCCUCGCUUAUAAAACGAGAUGCAAAUCAACGGUACAACAGGACCAACAAUGGCUGCUUCAGAGCCACCAGAGCCCCCACCAAGGAAUCCGGACCGAAUAAACGCUUCAUUAAAUAAAUUUACAGACACUAAAACAACAAAAUCCUUGGACACGAACGAUAAGCCUGUGAACAAUAACAAACCUUUGAAGCCGCUGCUGUCGUUGGACAAUACCCUUGCCACGUCACCGUCGACGUCAUUGUCAUCGUCCUCAGCCACAAAUAGUAGUGGCAGCCUAACAACUACCGCCUCGGGUGGAAUCGGUGGUUCCAUACACUCGCCCUCCUCCGGUCACAUCUUCAACAAGAGAAUGGAAAUUAAUAGUCAGGGUAGCAAUAAUGGCGGAGGGGGUGGAGGAGGAGUAGGACCUCCUGGUAGCAACAAUUCACCUGGAUCGAAUGGUAUUAGAAAUCUUAUACUGACGUCGCCCCUUGUCGACAACAUCCAUCAAAGGUCAGUGAAUUUGAAUAAAAGUGAGUCGAACAAUCAUCUUGGUGCUGGAGGGGGUGGAGGAGGAGGUGGAGCAGGGGGUGGAAUAGAUGGCGGACAAAUUGAUAUGAUGAAUGGAACAAAUCACGCCGCCAUGACUACGGUUGAUAAGAAAAACGCCAAUGAUGUUGUUGUUAAAUUCAUGGAUUUAGGACUCAGUGGCACAGGUGCUCAAGGUGUAAACGGCUGCAGUCUAUUUAGUACCAAGGACCAACACCAUAAUAACAUGGAUAAAGGAGCUAGUGGAGGCGGUGCAGGAGGAGGCGGUGGUAGUAGCAAUAGCAGCAGUUGCGAUGGCAAUCGCAAUGAUGAUUCCAAGUUUCAAUUUAACGAGGCAAAAGAUUCACCAUCAAAAUUGCGAAUAGAAAACGAACGACUCAAUUCGGAAAUUCAAAGAUUACGUAAACUUCUUGAGAACUCACCAGAUGGCGCUGUCGGCGGCAUAGAUUUAUCCGAUAGCAACAGCUGCGAUGCCCAUUCCACCGACGGCGGUGGCAGCACCAGUCGCAUUGAUCGAUUGGAAGCCGAAUUGAAGGCAGCCAAAACACAAAUAACCGCCCUACGUUUGGAACGGAAGAAACUUAAAACUGACAAAACAGAUCUGCUGGCACACGUUAAGCAAUUGUGCGCCUCAUUGCAGGACAAAGAACAAGAGCUAAGGGACUUUAUACGUAAUUACGAACAAAGGAUUCGUGAGAGCGAAACGAACAAUGCGAAAAUGUCCUCGGACCGGGAACGCGAACGAUGGUCGUUGUUGAAGCAUGCCCGAGACGAGGCCGAACGGUCGUUGGCGUUGGCCCAACAAUUGAGUGCGCGUGAUGUGCAAUUGCAAAGGCUGCAGGAACAGCUGCAGGAGGCCAGGAGACAAUUAUCUGGUUGUUUAUCGGAUCAGGAGAGUCUUUUGUCGUUUGCCCCAUUAACACCUCCGUCGGGUUUGAUUAACCACUUGGCAGCAUCGUCGGCUAAUUCGAAUGCUGCAUUGGCGGCUUAUGGUACCACGGGUGGCGGUGGUGGGAGUAGUAUAACGGGGGGUAGUAGUAUUGGUGGAGGUGGCGGGGGAAGUGCUGGUGGGGGGAGUGGUGAUUCGGGAGUGCGUGGAAGCAGUGACCGGGAGAGUGCUGCUGGUGAUUUGAAUUUGAGCGAUGGCACGUGCGAGAACGGGCCAUGCAUCACAGUCGAUCCGGACAGUAUUUCCAUUGUGUCCAGUCAGAAUAUGUAUCAAUUUGGCACACCUAAAGAGAGAAGUCCUACACUGUCGCCUUUGAAUUCAGCUGCUUACUCAAGGUCCGUUGAGCAACUAGGUUCGCCUGGUGACAAUGAGUGUCCUUCGGCAUUAACUCGGAAGUUUGCUGCUGGAAAGCCGGGGGCUUUGAGCUCUCGAAAUGGACGUGGCGGUACCUGGGGUAGUAUAUCGAGAGUGUUUGCUAGGUCCCGGAAUAAAAGUAAAGCCUUGAGUGCCGACACUGCCAGCGAAUAUUCCGAUUACUCAUGGAACUCCCUAACCGAAGAAGGUUACGCUGAAAAACUUCGUUUACUCCGUGAAGCCUCACAAGUCCCUAUGGAACGUUGGCGAGCUUCGCAAGUGCUCGCUUGGCUUGAAGUAGCUCUCGGUAUGCCUCAAUACAGCUCAAGAUGUUCCGAAAAUGUCAAAAGUGGCAAAGUCCUGCUCGAAUUAAAUGACGCCGAACUGGAAACCGGUCUAGGUUUAGCACAUCCGAUGCAUAAGAAAAAACUACGUUUAGCCAUUGAGGAACAACGACGUCCCGAGCUGGUUAGAUAUCCACUGAUAACCCAACUCGGUCAUACAUGGGUAGCAUCGGAAUGGUUGCCAGAUAUUGGUCUGCCGCAGUAUACUGAAUCAUUUUUGCAUUCACUGGUCGAUGCUCGAAUGUUAGAUACGCUAUCGAAAAAAGAAUUAGAGAAAUUUUUAGGUGUUACUAGGAAAUUCCAUCAGGCUAGCAUAGUGCACGGUAUCCAUGUCCUGCGGAUUGUGAAAUACGAUAGACAAACAUUGGCGAUGCGUAGAGUUCAAUCAGAAUCAGUUGAUACAGAUCCAAUUGUGUGGACAAAUCAACGCUUUAUACGUUGGGCUAGGUCAAUCGAUUUGGGUGAAUAUGCUGAAAACUUGAAAGAUAGCGGUGUGCACGGUGGCUUAGUGGUUUUGGAACCAUCAUUCUCUGGGGAUACCAUGGCCACAGCCUUAGGAAUACCCCCAUCAAAGAAUAUCAUACGAAGGCAUCUGGCUACUGAAUUUGAUGCUCUCAUCCUACCAGCAAGGUAUCUUGUUUUUUGCCAAAUGGAAGAGUUUCAGAUGGAUAACUCUAGAAUAUUCCCCACAAAUCAGAAGCCAAUGGGAAGAUAAAUUAAUUCAUCAUCAAUUUUACCUUAAAAAAAAAAACACACAAAGAACUUAUAAAUAUAGAUAAAAAAAAAGAUUACAAACAAAAACAAAAUUAUCGCUCAUAAAAAAUUAGUUCAAAUUGAAUCAAAAUAAAUUACAAUUUUUGAAAAAAAUUAAAAACACCAAAACUAUCUUUGUAGAAGAAACGAAACAAAAAAAAAAAUACCGAGAGAUACAAUCAUCAGAAAAAGAAAAAUUUAAACUAACUGAAUAAAAAAUUAUCUAUAUCAAAUCAAAAAAUACGAAGAAAAUAUUAAAAAAAAAUCAAAAUUUCUAGUUAGCCGAAUUUACAUUAAAAUAUAAAAAAAAUAAAAAUAGAUUAUACAUUUUACUUUACAACAUAAAAAACAUGAAGUUUUUUUUUCAAAAAACGAAACCAAAAAACUCUUGAGACUAUACAAUACACAAAACACACACAUCCAUCAAACCAUAGCGCCAUAUUGAAUACAAAACAAAUUAAAAAAAAAAAAGAAAAAAAAUCGUAGAAAUAUUUUUUUCUAUAUCACUAAAUGAUACAACAAAAAAAAAGUUAAAAAUUCUUAUGACAAACAAAAAAAAAAAAAAUAAAGAGGAUAACAAUUAAAUAUAAAACUGCUAUGCCGACAUGUGUGUUUGCUUUUGCUGUUUUGCACUAUAUUCUUCUUAAUUUUUUGUAAUUUUUUUUUAUUUAAAUAUAUUUUUUCCUUAAAUAUUUAUCUCAGGGUAAUAAUUCGCAUCAUUGUUAAUUAAUGUAAUUUUCUAUAAAUGUCGCAAUAUGUUUUUCGUAUAUUUUUUUUUUAAUUUAUUAAAUGUUUUUAUGGGACAAGGGUGUACCUGGGAGGGGUUUUUGCUAUUAUCUUCAACCACCAAGGUAAGGUUAAUUUCGAAAAACUUUAGGUGGUAUUAGGUGCUUUUGUUUCUUAUAGUUUCUCUAUGAAAAUUUUUCAACUUUUCGGAUCUUUUGUUACUUUGAAAAAUCUAUUCUGUCCAAAGACACAUCACUUCACAACAUUUAAAUGUCUUAUUUUUCUCUUUUAAUUCUUGAUUUCAAUUCUGAAGACGAAAAAAAACUAUAAUAUGUAACUAGUUAGAUGUUUGUUGUUUUUGUGUAUAAGUAACUCUGUUUUUAUGUAUGUAUUAAACUCGUCUGGAAAAAAUGUAAGCAUAUCAAAAAUGAAUCAAAUGAAAAGGUUUAAAAAAACAUUCUAGUUAACAACAUACUGCUGGUGGUGACUUGCUAAAAUUCUUUGAAAUCUUUUCAAUUUGUUUAAAUCUUUAAAGUAACGUUAAAUUAUACUGAACAAAAAAGCAUGAACGUCAUAAGAUUAUGGUAAAAUCACUAAUUUUAAAGUCAAAUAGACAUAACUUUUUAACGCCUUUUGAGGCUGAACAAAUUUAAAAUAUCAUACACAUUUAAGAAAA